AUGGAGCUCAGCGAGGCCGACAAGAAGCGCGUGAGGGCCGCCUGGGCCGGACUGAGCAGCCAGAUGGAGGACAUCGGCGAAGAGGCUCUCAGGAGGCUGUUCACGGUGCACCCACAGACCAAGAAGUUCUUCCGCCACUUCGACCUCAGCCCGGGCUCUGCAGACGUAAAGGCGCUGGGCAAGGAGGUGAUGGACGGGCUCUCCAGGGUCGUCACCCACCUGGACCAGCCCUGCCGCGACCUAGUUGGGCUCCGCGCCCUGGUCGUGGGGAAGCUGGGGCUGGACUCCGCCACCUUCCAGCGGCUGGCGCAGAGCAUCCUGCAGACCCUCCAGGCCCACAGCCGAGGCGCCGAGAGCCCCGAGGAGGCCGCCGCCCUGGACAGGUUCAUGCAGCAGGUGGCCGCCGCGCUGUACAGCUAGAGCCGCCCAAGGCAGCGCCACAGGCCGGCGCCCCCGCCCCCUUCCCCCCAG